ACGAAGUGUUAGAAGAGCUGAGUGUUAAAACAAAACGAAUGAAUAAAUGUAAAAGCAAACAUGAAUGGUUUGCCUUUAUGAAAAGAAGAACGAACGGACGAACUGCAACUGAUAACAAAAGUAGCAUUUACAUCGAUAACGAAGGCAAAAUAAAGAAAGAAAACGGCAACUGAUAACAACAACAACAACAACAACAACAACAACAACAACAAACAACAACAGCUACAACAACAAAGUGCUGGUGACUGCACGCACAACCUGACCCUUCAGGUGCCUGCCGCCUUCCUUCCUGACGGGCGACCAGGCGCAGACACUCGCUAUGGGAUCCACUGGAGCACCAGUCCACAAGCGACGGAGGACCGUAGGUGGUCAUCUGCUUCUCCUCCUGUGGAAAAGCCUGUUGCUGAGAAAGAAACAGAAGGUUUUGACCUUCUUUGAGAUCUUCCUACCCACAGCCCUCUUCUCCGUCAUUCUCUUCAUCAGACUCUUGCCGGGAUCAGACUUAACUCCGGUUUAUGUCAACGAAACGACUUUCUUUCCUCAUAUAGAUGAACAAGAACUUCUCAAAGAACAAUGCCUAGGAAAUCUUACCGGAAAUAAGUGUAUCAUUAAAAAUAUUUACAGUAAAACUGUAAGAAUGUACUACGCUCCCAACGAAAGUUUUGCUGCCGACACGGCGGCGUAUGUGGCAGAUCGGCUUGGUUGGCCUCCAUAUGCCUUGGUAGCUGCGAACAACCUCGAUGAAAUGGAUGAACUGGUUGAGCAAAGUUAUUAUUCCUCUAACGGCAGCUCAUCAUUUAUUGCUGGACUUCACUUCAAGGAUCUGCCUGUCGACUGUGAUUUUCCGGAAGCCUUGCAUUACUCUAUCCGUCUGCCGGGCACGUGGUACACCGGGUCUGAAUAUCCCUUCUUCCAGUUUCCAGGACCCAGGAACCGUAGUAGAAGUUACAUAGAUAAUGGAUUUGCUCUCCUGCAAACCUGGAUUGAUCGCUUCUAUAUUUCGAGGGUGACUGGCAAUAUGAGCUACAUGGACGAGUUCCAGCUAGACAUCCAGCUCUACCCGUACCCUCCUUACUCAAACGAUGGGGGAAUGAGUCAGAUUUAUGGCUCUAUGCUACCGUCCUAUAUGAUCCUGGCCUUUGUCCUCCUAUCUCCAUCCCUCAUCAAGAACGUCGUUCACGAAAAAGAGACAGGAGUGAGGGAGUUAAUGCGGCUGAUGGGAAUGAACAGAUGGCUGAUGUGGCUGGGUUGGUUCCUACACGCGCUGCUAGUGGUGCUCCUGGUGUCAAGCAUCGUGACCAUCAUGCUCACGGUCAGCCUUCACCAGAGUAAGGGGUCGGUGCCUCCCAUAAUCAACUACACCGAUCCUUCUUUCGUUUGGGUGAUGAAUACACUUUACGGCAUUUGCUCCAUCUCCUUCUGCCUUGCCAUCUCGACAUUCUUCAGCAGGCCAACCCUGGCUACCACGCUGGGUGUCCUCAUCUGGCUUUUCUCGUAUUACAUACCCGACACAUUCUUCUACUUCGACUACGACGACAUGAGCCUCGCCCCCAAGGUGUUGGUGUGCCUCUUGCCCAACAUGGCGAUGACCCUCGGCUUCAAGGUGAUGGCGAUGUUCGAAGGCAGAGCGCUGGGCAUCCAGUGGGACACCGUCUGGGAAACAGGCAACCCGCGAGAUGAACUGACGCCCGCCGCGAUCCUGCUGAUGAUGGUCCUCGACACCUUCCUGUACUUGCUUCUGGUGUGGUACGUGGACCAGGUCAGCCCGGGGAAAUACGGCGUCCCGCUGCCCUUCUACUUCCCCUUCCAGAGGAGUUACUGGUGCGGCACGCGGCCUGAGAGCGUGACGAGCAGCACUCCAGACAGCGACGACCCGACGAGCCAGUACUUCGAGGAGGAGCCCGAGGGACUGAGGCCCGGCAUUGUGAUCCGGAACCUGCGGAAGGAAUUCCGGACACUGGGCGGGAAAGUGAAGGUAGCGGUGGAGGACGUGUCCAUGACGUGUUAUGAGGGCCAGUGCACUGUGCUGCUGGGCCACAACGGCGCCGGGAAGACCACCACCAUGUCCAUCCUGACAGGGGUGUACGCGCCCAGCGGCGGCCAGGCGGAGGUCGGCGGCUGGAACAUUGCGACACACCUGAGGGAGGCGCGCGAAGAGUUGGGUCUGUGUCCGCAGCACAACAUGUUGUUCGUUGACCUCACUGUGCUGCAACACCUGCUUUUCUUCGGCCGACUGAAGGGGCUGACGACCAAGGCGGCGAAGGAGGAGGCCGUGGAGCUGCUGGGGCGCCUGGAUCUGCUCGACAAGAAGAACAUGUUCGGCAGCCAGCUGUCGGGCGGCAUGAAGAGGAAGCUUUCUCUCGCCAUCUCCCUCAUCGGUGGCUCCAAGGUGGUGAUCCUGGACGAGCCGAGCAGCGGCCUGGACCCUGAGUCGCGGCGGUGGGUGUGGGACGUGGUGCAGGGAGAGCGAGGCCGCCGCACCAUCCUGGUCACCACGCACCAUAUGGAGGAGGCGGACGUGCUGGGCGACCGCGUGGCCAUCAUGGCGUCCGGCAGGGUGGUCUGCGCGGGUUCUACAUUGUUCCUGAAGAAUAAGUUUGGUGAUGGCUACACCUUGGAAAUUAUCAUGACGGAAAAUUGUAAUGUGGACAGUCUCAAAGAGGAGGUAAAUAAGCACAUGCCGAGUGCCGUCCUCCAGUCCAUCCAAGGAGGGGAAAUAAACUUCAAGCUAUCGCCAGACACCUCUCUCUUCGCCCCGCUCGUCAACAGCCUCUCCUCGCGGAAGGAGGAGCUGGGCAUCAGACACUUUGGUCUCUCGCUUACCACAAUGGAAAAAGUCUUCCUAGGGGUGAGCACAGUGAUGAAGAAAGAUGAGGAGGAGCAGCAAACUGUCCUCUCUGGCGAUGAGGAAGAACACACCCAGCACAGAGACAGCGUCUGUAUGGAGGAUGGCGAUUUCGCCGGCAGCAAAGACCAUCUCUCUGACGGUGACUGGCGGAAGCUGACUGGAACAACACUCCUGCUUCACCGCAUCAAGGCUUUCUUCAUCAAAAGAUUAAUCUACUCCAUCAGGAAAUGGCCGCUCUUUAUCACACAGGGUCUGGUGCCGGUGGUCGUGACCAUCGCCUGCCUGCUGGUGGACCGAAACUUUGAUUUCUUCCUCUCGCAGGAGCCUCUCCUUACUCUCACUCCCUCUGUCUUCCCGAAGACCUUUUCUUUCGUGAGUGCUGAUGAAGGCUUAGCAGACCUAUCAUCUCAGUACAAGGAUCUCUUCACCGGCGAACACGAGGUGGAAGAGACAAAGAACAUGACCGCGAGCCUUCUCCAGGCCGCCGAUGAAAACCUUUCACGGUACCGAGAACAAUAUACCUUUUCAGCAAGUUUUCUGGAUACGAUUGACAACACAACGCUGCAGGUGUGGUCACAAACCAUUCCCUUCCACACCGUGGGAAUCGGCACCAACCUUGUGUCCAACGCUCUGCUCCGGUACGCCACCAACUCCACCAACUACACCAUCACUACUGACAACUACCCACUGCCGCCCAACACAAUGUGGCAGUUCACGACGGAAUUAUCUGCCAGCUCCUUCAUCUACCCAAGCAUGAUGUCCCUCGCCCUUGCCUUCCUCUCUUCUUCGUAUUUAGUCUUUCCCUUACAAGAGCGUGAAACCAACACCAAACAAGUGCAGGUGAUGACAGGCGCUCCGGUGUGGGCUCUGUGGACCACCAACUUCAUUUGGGACAUGGGGAUGUACAUGGUGACUAUGGUGCUCAUCCUCAUCACCUUCUUGGCCCUCGACCCCAGAGGUUACUUCACCACUGACGCCGCGCUAGGUGCUCUGGUGCUGCUGCUGCUCCUAUAUGGCUGGGGAAGCAUUCCUCUGGCUUACCUACUUAGCUUCCCCUUCCAGACUCCCGCCGCGGGAUUCGCCGUGCUAACCUUCAUAUGCAUCGUGGCAGGCCAGCUGAUGCCAGUCGUGGUGGCAGGACUGAGACUUGCUCACGAGCCUUCCCUUGACCUCGCCAGUGACAUCAUUCACUGGAUCUCAUCUCUCAUCCCAGCGUAUCCUGUUGCUGAUGGCUUCAGUAAGAUCGUGACCACGAGUAUACACAACACCAAGUGUGACAAAUUUGACAGCGCCACCACGCUGGAGCUGUGCGUCGUCCUCUUCCUCAGCAAUAAUGCCAGCGAAUUUCUGCAGUGCUGCCCACCUCCUAUGUGCAGUCACUCGGCGACUGGAAAAUGUUUCCAUGUUUAUUCUUAUUUAUAUUUCGACCACUCUGGCCUGGGCUCCACUCUUCUGUAUCUGUUCGUGGAUGGCCUCGUCUUCUUAGCGUUCAUUGCCCUGAUUGAGGCAGGCGUCGGGAAAAAGUUCUUGCACUGGUGGCGCUCUUGUAGGAUUUCGCGACGAUCAGUGAUUAUGGAUCCGUGGGACAACGUAAUGCCAGAUGAUGAUGUGGUUGCUGAGACAAAUCUGGUGAGCUCUUUAAUGUACGCAGACCAUGGAAACCUAGAACUCACGGAAGCUUCCAAGGACACGACGAUGUUGGUGCACAAUUUGGUGAAGCAGUACUCUGGGUGCCUGGUGCGAGCCGUGAAGGGCAUCAGCUUCCGUGUAGGUCGUGGGGAGUGUUUUGGUCUGCUCGGAGUCAACGGGGCCGGCAAGACAAGCACCUUCAAAAUGCUGACAGGCGACGAGAUAAUCACAGGGGGAGACGCCAGAAUAGGCGCCCUGUCUCUCAGCCACCAGAGAAAGAGGUUCUUGCAGCAGAUCGGCUACUGCCCCCAGUUCGACGCGUUUAUGGGAGACCUGACAGGAGUGGAGAUGCUGCAGUUAAUGGGACGCUUGCGAGGAAUGGACGAAAGGCAGCUGAAGACGACUGUUCCUGAUUUAGUUAAUCGCGUAGGACUCACGGAAUGCGCGCUGCGUCCUUCCAGCACCUACUCCGGCGGCAACCGGCGAAAGUUGUCGACAGCGAUGGCCCUGAUCGGGGACCCUCCGCUGGUGUUCCUGGAUGAACCAACCUCAGGCGUGGACCCCGCCUCCCGCCGGCGAGUGUGGGCAGCCAUCAGCGAGGCAGUGAGCAACGGGCAGAGCGUGGUGCUCACAAGCCACUCCAUGGAAGAGUGUGAGGCGCUCUGUUCCCGCAUCACUAUCAUGUCCCGCGGAACUCUGCGCUGCGUUGGUACCUCAAGCCACCUCAAGGCCAAGUUUGGUCAGGGGUACAGCCUCCAGGUGAAGCUCAAGACGCAUGGGUUUAGCAUGGCAAGCAAGAAGGAAGAUGAUCGCAUUUAUAACGUAAAGGUGGAGGAAGUGAAAACCGUAAUCAGCCAUCACCUGCCGGGAUCUUCACUCACCGACCAGCACAAGGGAAUGCUGGCUUAUCGGGUGCCCAACACCGUCACCUGGGGCAGACUGUUUGCUGUGAUGGAGUCACUGAAGGCAGGUCAGGACCCAGAAGGCUCCCAAGCUCCUGUCUCACAAUCUAUGUCCUUGCCGUCCAUUGUGGAGGUGUACGCCGCGUCAGACACCUCUCUCGAACAGGUGUUUUUGUCUUUCGCGAGGGAAGCAACGCAGCUGAGCACCCCGGGCCUUGCUGCUCCCCACGUGGUGCCGACCAUGAUGCCAGUGUCUCCUCAGGUAAUUCCAGCCGUGGCCACAGAACCUCCCCAGGCAGCACAGACUAUGGUGACGGAGCUUUAGCAUUCGUGCAACGGAUCACAGAUGUCGACGAACCCCCUGAUUUUAGUGUAGCAAUGACCAACAGCAGAUCUUCCCAUUCGCUGGGGGCCUGACAAGCUACUUUUAUAUAUGAUACGCCUGUAUGGUUGUGUGGUGCAUUUGUGGCGGACAGAGACGGUGUUUUUGUGGUUGUAAUUGUAGUAAUAUCAGUGGUGGUGAAAGCAGCAGCAGCAGCAGCAGCAGCAGCAGCAGCAGUAGUAGUAGUAGUAGUAGUAGUAGUAAUAGUAGUAGUAGUAGUAGUGUUGAAGGAGAAAUACUUAGGAAAAAGUCAAGAGGAAUAAUAAAGGUGACGUUAAUUUAUGGCAUUUCUUACACUCACACUUCCGCGUUAUGUAAUCGAAUCACGUCACGCUUUGAAAGGCAAAGGCCAACCAUUGUAUUCACCACGAGAAUACUUAGGGCUUCAGUACCAUCAAGAUAUUGUCUAAAGGUACCCAACAUCCACUGGAAUUUUUCUAACUACUGUUUCAUAAUUUCAUAUAACUGUUUAGAAGUAAGGAUCUAAAGAAUAUAAAGAAAUUUAUUAUCAUACUUUAUUAUUUUAAUGGCAAAGUCAGUCUUUGUGUCAUGUAAAUCUUUUGCCUGUUUUUCAUUUAAGUUCAUGUGUUGAUUCCAUACAUACCUAUUAUAUGAUUAAUGACAACAAAGUUUAGUAAAUAUAGGAAAUAUUGUCCUUCUGUAUUCCGGUAAAAAUGCAAUAAGUGUUAUCUAUUCUUUCAUUUGUAUUGUUAAAACUACUAACUUGUUGGCGAAGGAAUUUGAUCACCAGACUUGUGGCUAUUAAUGAGGGCAGCAAAAUGUACAUACACAGGAUAGGCACAUAUCUCGUUUAAUUUUAGCAUAUUAACGGUAGUGAAAAUAGAAAUACGUACAGACGUGU